GCUUCGUGUGCCAAGUCUAAAGAGCCAUAUCUGGGCCACAGCUCAACCCCGUCUCCAACUGGUCGUCCCACCCCCUCGUCGCCUCUAGGCCCGACCGCAUCGUACCCAAUCGUUGGCUCAUCCCAAGUCCGUCUUUGCCGUCUCCAAGUGCAAUCCGAGUACAUGCGUCUUUCCUGGCAUCUCUCCCCGCCUGACACGCUUCGGCCGACUCUGGAACAUCUUCUAUCAAAGCCCGGCUGUCUGCCCUGUGUCAUGGUCAGCUAA